GCUUAUGCGUCACGAUGUCAAAGGUUGCAGCGAUGGACGCGUCCCAAAUGUAAACAGUCUGGUCCGUUGGAGGGCAGCUCAGAGAAAUGAGGCUUUUAUCGAAGACAGUGCAGUGUGCGGCGAAGCAGAGGGACUGGAGCCGCAGACACUUCUGGGGAUGGCUCAAUGCAAUUUUUAACAAGGUGGACUAUGAGAGGAUCAAAGCUGUUGGUCCAGACCGAGCCGCAGCAGAGUGGCUGCUGAGAUGCGGUGCCAAAGUGAGGUUCCAAGGUUCUGAUCGCUGGCAUCACGACUACAACGGACUGCCAACAGGGCCUCUGGGCAGACACAAGAUCCAGGCGAUUGACGCUACUGAAUCCUGCAUCAUGUACAGGGGGUUUGAUCACCUGGAUGGUUUGACACAUGUGGAGGAAAUCAAGUUCAACAAGUGUAUCUACAUAGAAGACACCUGCCUGGAGAAGCUGAGCUCCAUAGAGAAUCUGCAGGAGAGUUUGUACAUGAUGGAGGUUGUGUCAUGUGGAAACGUGACCGAUAAGGGCGUCAUUGCCCUGCACAGACUCAGGAAUCUGGAGUAUCUGUUUCUCAGUGAUCUGCCGGCAAUCAAGGACAAACAGAUGACAACCGACAGACUAAAGACAGCACUUCCACGUCUGGAUAUAGCACUGGACCUGGACUGACAGCUUCCUGCUUCUUAGAGCAUGCUGUAAUUGUAACAUAUGAAUGCCUUGUAAAGGUUUUCAAAGUAAAAGACCCAAACAUGUAGAGGGAAAGACUGUAGCGUGCAGGGCUCUGAACAACCAGGUGAAUUUACAUGCCGUUCAUUAUGUUUUAGUGUUUCUUCAUGGAGAUAGUGUGAAGCAAGUUCUGGGUUAAUGGGAAAUAUUUAAGUUGAUGUUUUAUGUUUAAGCUUGUGUGAUUGAAUGUUAAAGAAACAGUCCAGCAAAGAGAAAAGUUAAAGCACUUUAUAUUGUUGACACCAUUUUUUUUUCUUUUUCUAAUAGAGUGAACUAUUCUUUACUUUAUUAUAUUGUCAACAUUCAAAGUAUUAAAAGUGACUCCAUAUGUACACAGAGAGAAAGAAUUUGAGAAAAUGCUGAGGAAUCAAGGAUUCAAUAAUCUUUUAAAUCAUUUCUCUUUAGAUUAAUUUGGCAUUUGUACAAUAUGAGGACAGACAGAUGGCUGAGAACAUCCAUAGCACCAAAGUUCCAGAGAUAACGAGUACAGCGUCGUACUGUCGCUGCUAAAUGCGUGUGAAAAGUGGUUUAAGGGAAUGUUUACGACUGUAUUCACUCCUGACGUCAAUAAAUAUUAUCAGAAAUGCU